GUUUAAAGAGUAAAAAUUAAUGACCUUGACGACCUAAAUUCCUCCCUCGCCUCGCUCGCUAGCUAGCUAAGUUCUGAUCUACUUUGUAUUUGAUCAAGCCUCUGCUCAAACUCUCACUCUAAAGCCAGGCUCGCCUAAUCAAGUUGAAGAGAAGUCUCCAAUGACGACCAACCCCAUUCAAACACACUUUGUGGUGCUCUGUAAUGAGCUGAAUGUGGGGAACAUUCUGCCCUACCUCAGAGCAGAGAGAAUGGUCACUACGGAGGAGUACGAAACACUUAGCAACAGUUUCAUCCCUAUCAAGCAACGGAGGGAGAGGCUACUCAUCAUGAUGCCACGGAAAGGUUCCGACUUCUUCGAGAACUUUGGCAAUUGUCUUGUAUGGUCGGGACAGAUUGGGCUGGCUAAGCAUAUUGGGGUGGACGUGAGUGCCGUUCGCAGCUGUCCCCACCCACGACAUUCCUCUGGUGUGGUCCCUCAAGACCAAUUCCACGCUAUUUCUAGUUUGAUGACUCCAGGCGGAAGUCUCCCUCCCGGGAUCUCAGCUCCCUAUGCCUCCCAUCACCCUCAAGUUAUCGCCCACCACCCUCAAGUUACCACACCUCUUGUGGUGCAUAAUGAUCGUGAAUAUAUGGACCACCUCAGAAGACAGCAGGGUGUUAUUGGACAGGCAAGUCACCCACGAGUGCCUGUACAGGGGUCACAACUCCCACCUCAACCCAACCCCCCACGGUCAUACCCCUCACAGCCACACCCCCUACAACUACAACCACACCCACCAAGACAGACCAUUGUUCCUCCUACUGGCCCACCCAAAGUGUUCAUUCUCUAUCACAAGGAUUCCGACUUACAACAGUCACACAACAUCUCGGCUGAUGACUUUGUCGAUUGUGUUCUCGACGUGGCUCGUAUUCUGAACAGUGUGGGGGGAUUUAAACUAUCAUGUGAUUUAUUUCACCAGGAGGACGUCGCUAAUUGGGGUACGUGGACGGAGACAAAGAUCAAGGAAAGUCGAUACGUUGUCCUCUUGUGCUCUCCUAGACUCUGCACUGCGUUGAGAUAUCCUGAAAGACACGCACAACUCGAUACUGGGAGAGGUUCAUUCUUUACCAAUAGUAUUGUCAACUUGAUUCAAGUGCAUCCUGAGAAAUUCGUCCCUGUGUUUUUGUCCAAUUGCGUGGAUGAUCGUACCCGAUGGGUCCCUAACGCUCUUCUAGCGGCGGCCAAAUAUACUUUGGACAUUGACAAAUUUGCCGACUUGUUGCGUUCAGAGUCAGGUAGCCCAGAGUACUAUCAAGAGGUUUUAGAUGCUCUUCAGAUGCAGCAGUUUCAAGAGUGGGAUAGGUUGGUACGACACCUCCGAGGAGCCAGCCACGAGGUUCCCCCGCCCCCUCCUUCACAACAAAUAAACACUGCAGGUGCUCCAAAUCAGCCUUCUGUAUCGCGUGAAAGGUACAUCUCUGAAGGUGACCUCCUAAUCAUAGCUCAGACUGUUUCCACUCACUGGAAGAUGUUGGGAAUAAGACUGGGUGUUCCCUACUCUGCAGUGGAGGACUUGUAUCGUAGGCACCCCGACCCUACUAGUGCUGCCAUGGAGAUGUUCGGCCUCUGGCAACAGACGAGAGGCAGUGAGGCCACUCGAAGUGCACUGAAACUUGCAUUAGUUGAAAAUGGUUUUGGAAAAAUAACAGAAACAUUAUUUGCACAUGACUAGCUUUUCAUCUUUGUGUAUUUUAGUUCUAUGUUCAUGCAGUUUUGUUGAGAUGUUUUCAUUUUUUG